UAAGAAGGCCUUCAAGAACCUCGAAAGCUCGAUCAUCUUCCACUCUUCCUUCCAACUCACAACCAAACAUUUCCAAUUCAAAGUUUUAGAUUCUUGCUCCGACUUCAUAUUCACGCACCAGAUUCUCCUCUUCGACAUUGUUUCAUCUACAUCAAGAAUUAUUGGUUGUACUCUUCCCCCACUACCACAAUGAUCGAGACGACUCCUAGCAAGCAGGCUGCUUCUGCAAUUGAGUCUUUCAAGAUGGAAUCACCCGUCAAGAAGCUUGACUUCAACGUCGCCGACAAAGAGAACCAGCCCCACACAGAGUCCGUUGCCGAGGAGACGGUAGAGAAGCCCCUCGCCAAGGACAUCAAGCCUGUAGAGAAGCCUGCCGUUACCCCAACAAUCAAGGCGCCUGAGAUCGACGAACCUAUUCUCCGGGAGAACCCCCAACGUUUCGUUCUGUUCCCCAUCAAGUAUUCUGAAGUGUGGCAGAUGUACAAGAAGGCCGAGGCCUCAUUCUGGACCGCGGAAGAGAUUGAUUUGUCUAAGGAUCUCCACGACUGGAACAACAAGCUCACUGAAGAUGAACAGUACUUCAUCUCGCACAUUCUCGCCUUCUUCGCCGCUUCGGAUGGCAUCGUCAACGAGAAUCUGGUUGAGCGCUUCAGCGCCGAAGUCCAGAUUCCCGAGGCGCGCUGCUUCUACGGCUUCCAGAUCAUGAUGGAGAACAUCCACUCCGAGACCUACUCGCUCCUGAUCGACACAUACAUCAAGGAGACCGCGCAGCGCACGUACCUCUUCAACGCCAUUGACACUAUCCCCUGCAUCCGCAAGAAGGCCGACUGGGCUCUGAGGUGGAUCACUGACAAGAAGUCGACAUUUGCCACGCGCCUUGUCGCUUUCGCUGUCGUCGAGGGCAUCUUCUUCAGCGGUGCUUUCGCCUCCAUCUUCUGGCUCAAGAAGCGUGGCUUGAUGCCCGGCCUGACUUUCUCAAACGAGCUCAUCUCCCGUGACGAAGGCCUCCACACCGACUUUGCCUGUCUCCUGUUCUCGCUCCUGAACAACAGGCCCAGCAAGGAUAUUGUCCAGGAGAUUGUUGUCGACGCUGUCAAGAUUGAGCAAGAGUUCCUUACAGAGGCUUUGCCCUGCGCCCUCCUGGGCAUGAACGCCAACCUUAUGAAGCAGUACAUUGAGUUUGUCGCUGACAGACUUCUUGUCGCCCUCGGAAACGAGAAGGUCUACCGCUCCACCAACCCAUUCGACUUCAUGGAGAACAUUUCACUGGGUGGCAAGACCAACUUCUUCGAGAAGCGUGUAGGCGAGUACCAAAAGGCCGGUGUCAUGGCCAGCACCAAGAAAGCACCUGUCGACGAGAAGACCAGCACUUCGCAAGAGGCUGAGGCCAGCAACUCGGGAGACUUUACCUUCGACGACGACUUUUAGUUGUCCUGAUGUGAAGUUUUCUUUGUUUUUCUACGCUUCUAUACCCAUACUUCUAUUCGGCCUCGGCAGGCCCCCGUCGCAUGCAUGGCAUGGGAGGUUUUUGAGGCGCCUUCAAGCAUUAGACUCGCUUGUCGGGCUUAGACACCCAGCCCUAUUUAGAUACAUAGUUGCUUUUUCUGUUGGAUUACUGGCGGACCGGCUCGGUUCACAUCGAGGGCGUUUAAGGCGUUUGAGCGAAUACUUGGAGGGAUUUUCAUUUCGAACUCAUUUUGAGAUCAACGGCUUAUGGUAAGGAUAGCGGGAUGGAAGGCCGACAUGGUCAUCGGGACGCAAGUCAUGUACAAGUUUUAAGAUAAUGUUAGGAUCAAAUUAUUAGGAUAGCUACCUUGAGGUUCACCCUGCUUGUGUUGUGUUUUCUCAGGUCAUACCUGGAUCCAGCUUUCGCUUUCAACUCUUGCUGUCUAUCUAGCGGCCAUUGCGAUUGCAAAGUAGUCCACUAUCUGGUUCUAGACGUAAAUAGGCUGCGCCAAGUGCGCGAUACGCGCAAGCAUAGUCUGAGGAUAAUCCCAGGUACUUAUAUGCUAAUCCUAGCCCUUAUCCCUGGCCGGCCAUCUCAUUCAUCGUUUGCCCUUUUUCUUCUUACCCUUCGCGCCCCCUCCACCUCCUUGCUGUUGCGCCGGUUGUUGCUGGGGCGUUGUCGUAGCAGCACCCACCGCCGCUUCGGACUCCAUCGGCGUCGGCGCUGCGCCACCUGCAGGCUCGAGCAGCCCAUCGUCCCUGGGCGGGAGGGCGGCCUGUCUUCUCCCCAGGCUCCCCAACAUCUGAAUCAGGCGCGAGACCUCGGCGGCCUUGCUGGUGCGGUAUUUGAGGCACGCGCCGCUGGCAUCGUCAUAAGUCUUGAGAACGAGCCUGGCCCGCGGCGGCUUUGCGUCCGGCAGGGCCUCGCCGUCUUUGUGCGGUUUCUGCUCAGCCUUGCGGAUCGAGUAGCGCGUUGUUAUCCUCGUCUUUCCCCGGACGGGCCUCAAGGAGGAGCUGUGACUGAUGAAGCCAUUCCUGGCUUGUUGCGAAGAUGGGCAUCUUGGGUGGCAAAAGAAGUUCCAGAUACCGAGAGCGCAGACCAAGCGUUUCACCUGGAGUAGGUAUCUGUGUACAUUCUUGGCUGGCACACCGUCGGUUUUGUUCGGGUCGCGACAGCUUGAUUGGCAACUCGACUGCAUAAUCGCAUGUAGUGGGGCAUACUACCGACCGCGGGGG